AGUGUGAAAUUGAACUCCGCAGUGAACGGUUGUCGCGCGCACUUUAAAAGAAAGAGUUUUUCCAAUAAUAAAGUGAAUUUCACCAACAAAAACACUUGCUAGCAAUUGUGUCAGUGGGAAAAUGUGUCGUGCUAUGAGUUAGUGAUAAGACGGUGGCAUUAGAGACGCAAAAAGUGUUGGGGAAUGGCCAUGAAAAUGACAGAGAGGAAAUUCACGAAGGGGCUACACAAGCCGGGAAUGGCACUCAAACUUCGCGAAACAGUUUGCCAAGUUGUGCGCGAAAGUUCUGUUUUGAACAAACCCGUGCUUGUGGAGCCAAUUGACUUCGAGAGUUUCAUGGUGAAAAAUAAGACAUUAAUUCAAAAUGAUCCACAGCGUGAGCUGCUCCUCUAUCCAAAUGACGAUGUGUCGGAAAUUAUUCAACCACGAAACUAUCGAACUGUAACGAGUGGCAUACCAGAAGUGAUAAAUCACGAGAAUGGCUCAAUUGAGGCAUCUUCAACAUGCCACCAAUCGCCAAAGACUGAGAAUGUCAAUGGGAAUUCGGGCAAGAUGGAGAUGGGGGGUGGGUGCCAACCACCUUUGCUCACAAGGCAGGCAAUUCGCACCUACAAGUCCGACAAUAGGCUCAUUCAGUACAAAUACAGUAGCUACAGCGGCUUAUCGCAAGAUUUACCAAGACAAAUAUCCGUGGCGGAUGAAUUUCGAGAGGAAGUGUACGAGGUUGACGCCGAUUUGGACAGAAUCGAUGAACAGAUGACACGCUCCCAGGCGGACACGAUAACGAAGCAGGGGUAUUUACUAAAAGGACCAGACACAACGUCUGAUCGGAUGUUUGCCCACAUUGGAGCCAAGUCCUUCAAGAAAAGAUAUUGCUAUUUACGUCAGGAAGUCGAUGGCACGUACAUUCUUGAGGUGCACAAAGAUGAGCGACAGGGUGAGGCGAAGACAACAAUUGUCAUGGAUUUUUGCACGGAAGUCAUUCAAAAUCCAAAGCGUGGUCGAUUGUGUUUUGAACUGAAGAUGACUGCAGGGCAUAAAUCAUUCACAUUUGCGGCGGAAAAUGAGAGUGAUUUGCAGGAUUGGCUCACAAAACUCCAAUCAAUUUUGCAGCAGAAUAAACUGCAGGAAGACAAGCGAGCAGCUUCACUUGAAAGAGCUCCUUCGGAUAGUCAACAGACGACAGCCUUUGGGACACUCAAGGGAUUAGAGCAGAGUAUGAAUCCGCAACUAAUAAAGUACAGCCGGGAAACGGAUAUGUCAAUAGCACAGGCAAGGAAGGAUGGGCGACGGAAGUUAUUUGCAAGCUAUCAACUCCCGAGUCAUGUUAGCAAGAUUGCAAGUCAACCUGAGACAUGCGAGCCAUACAAGGAACAAUUCGGUCAGAGAAUUCUCCUCAAGUGUGAGAGUCUCAAAUUUCGCCUUCAAGCACCCACUGAGGACGGGGAGGCGCUCAAUCAAGUGGAGCCAUACAUAACAAGCCUCGCUCUGUAUGACGCAAAAGCUGGUCGAAAAUUGACGGAAAACUUCUAUUUUGACCUUAAUCAUGAAAAUAUACGUGAUGUUCUUCAACCGGGCACGCCAAAAGCUUCACCAGAGGGUGGUGGUGGGGCUGUUAAUGGGUCAACGAAACACAAUGGAACAGCAGCUGGGGGAGACGUUCUGGAUAAGGUACCGAAUGAGUGGCUACUGUAUCCGCGGGAGGCAAUAAUGAGUGUCACAUCGCCAAAUCCGGAUAUUUUUCUCGUUGUUAAAAUUGAUAAAAUCCUCCAGGGGGGUAUUAAUCAGUCCACUGAGCCGUAUUUAAAGGCAAAUAAGGAUCCAAAGGUGGGGUGUAAGGUGCAAAGGAGUAUACGGGCGUACAGUCAGAAGAUUGGGCAUUUUCGUAUGCCCUUUGCAUGGGCUGCUCGGCCACUCUUUCGCCUGUACAGCAGUGAUCUCGAUGUUGCCAUCGAUUUCCCAGCCAUCUAUCGUCAAGAGGGGAAUAAGUUGCGUGAUGAGGAGCUCCUGAAGCUCCUGGCGGAGUACAGGAAGCCAGAUAAAUUCAGCAAAUUGACUGUGAUACCCGGAUGGCUGAAGAUUCACAUUGAACCCAUCACUGAGUUACCAAAAAAUUGCUUGUCCACAACUCUGGCACCUCUGAAACCUUUCCCAGUGCCACCAGUUAAGGAAGUUACUCAGGAAAUAAGUGAGUUUUCUGGGGUUGGUGAGAGGGACGCCCAUCCCUUUGCAAACUUCCAAAAUCAUCUCUUUGUCUACCCGCUGAGUCUCAAUUUCGACAGUCAGAAGCUUUUCUCUCGUGCGAGGAAUAUUGCUGUGGUGAUUGAGCUCAGAGAUAGCGAUGCUGAGGGUGCCAAAGGACUUUCUUGCAUUUACGGUCGUCCUGGACAGGGAAGGUUUGUUAGUCAAGUCUCCUGUCCAGUUUUGCACCACAAUACCUGCCCAACAUGGUAUGAGGAAGUGAAAUUGAAGCUUCCACUGCAUAUUACGACGCAGCAUCACAUCCUAUUCUCUUUUGUUCACGUCUCUUGUGAUUUGGGCAAGAAGAAGGAGAAUAAUUCCUUUGAAACUCCCGUUGGUUAUGCGUGGCUUCCCCUCUUGAUGAAAGGAAAGAUAAAUGUGGAGGAGCAGAUGAUUCCCGUGGCUGCAACUCUUCCUACUGGCUAUUUGGCUAUUCAACCUCUAGGGCUGGGAAAGGGGCAGAAUGCAGGCCCCGAAAUCCAGUGGAUCGAUAACCAGAAGCCCCUCUUUGCUGUGACAUUCCGUCUCGAUAGCACGGUCCUGACGACAGAUCAACAUCUGCACAAUCUCUUUGCACACGCCGAACGACUCUUGGAGCAGGCAAAGCCAUCGGCAAUCCCCGCAGAAUCGGAAACGUGCAAAAUCCUCAAAGCUGCCCAUGCGGUCCAUGCAACGACUGUGAUAACAUUCCUACCCACGAUCCUCAAUCAACUCUUUAUGGUGCUUGUGAAUACAUCGAGUGAGGAAAUUGGUCUCAAUAUUAUCCGUCUGUUGGUGAAUUUGAUUCACAUGGUUGCCGAGGAAGCUGGCAGGAAGGAAUUGCUUCUUGCAUACGUAAAGUAUGUCUUUCAUGCACCCAGUUUUGGGGGAAAAUUAUCCGCUGGAUCGAGUCCCAGUGCCAGGAAUACCGUUCACUGUGAACUCUGUCGGCAUCUCCCGAAGCUGCUGCAUCCCAACAAUACGGACUUUCUCAUUGUUAACAAGUUCAUGAGAUAUUCCGGAAUCUUCUUUGAUAUAAUCAUAAAGAGCAUGGCACAGCAUUUGCUCUCCACGGGAAGGAUAAAAAUGACACGAAAUGAGAGAUUCCCAAAGGAAUUCCAUACAUCGCUUGAAUCUCUUUUUCAAGUUUUAAUCCCUUACAUCAUAUCACGGCAUAAGGAUCUCAUUGCGGAGACACAGGCACUCAAUCGAAGUCUCUCGGUGUUUGUGAAGAGAUGCCUGACAUUUAUGGAUCGAGGGUUUGUCUUUAAGCUCACACGCCUGUACAUGGAUCGUUUCUCACCGGGUGAUCCGAGAACACUGCAGGAAUUCAAGUUUUCCUUCCUCCAAGAAGUUUGCUCGCAUGAACACUACGUUCCACUCAAUUUGCCAUUUAUUUUGAGCCCGAAAAAUCGUCCAGAUAUUCUGCAGCAUUUCACAUUGACCGAGGAAUACUGCCGACAGCAUUUCCUAGCUGGUUUGUUGCUGCAGGAAGUGAAGAGUGCUCUCAAUGAGGUAGCAAAUACAAGGAGAAUGGCUCUGGGAACGCUAAAGGAGCUCCUGGCGAAGCACGAUCUCGACGAUAGGUACGCCGGAAAGGGACAAAUUAGUCGCAUUGCAAUGAUUUAUAUUCCGUGGAUGGGAAUUGUUUUGGAGAAUCUCCACAGGAUUGGGGAUGGAAAUGAGAAAUCGGGACACUUCAAGGGGGAUUCCAAUAGAAUAUCAACAAGCAGUAGCUAUGUCUUCUCACGCGAUACCUCUGGGCUCAAUGGGAUUGCCAAUAAUUCCACAGCGAGUACACCAAAGGCACGAAAUCGUUUAACGCUGCACGUUGAGAAUCCCAGUCCAUUCCGUGCUUCACUCCAUCUUCGUGAUACAACGUAUUUUGCGGCAAUUGCUGGACAAAAUCUCACAAAUGGUCACUCAACGACUUCACUUGAUUCCGAGUGCUCGAGCCUUUCGCAGGAUACAACGGUGAUAAGGAAUGUGGAGAAUAGUAGUGAUUCGUCAUCAAAAAAGGGUCACAAUCGUUCAAUUUCCGUCACUCAACCAUCUGCCAUGCCGAGAUGUGAUAAAUUCACACCGAGUGAAACGAAGGACAUGCUGAUUUGUUUUUUGUUCGUCGUCAAACACAUUGCCCAGGAGCAGAUGACAACGUGGUGGCAGAAUUGCACGGAAAGUGAGACAAUUGGAUUCUUUACUAUCUUAGAAAUGUGUUUGGUGCACUUUAGGUAUGUUGGGAAGAAGAAUAUUGUGCUGCAGGAUCCAGUGAGGGAAGCCCGGAGUCACAGGGCGGCUAAAGCAAGUACCCUCCCGGCACGAAUGCAACCACCAAAUGGGGAGGUUCUCAGUCAUGAAACGGGCACAAUGACGCACGGGAAUAGGGAGAAUCUCGUUGAGGAGACAGUGAGGUCACAACAGGCGCUCAUUGAGAGCAAUAUGGCCACGGAAAUUGGAAUGAUUAUCCUGGAUUGCAUGGGAUUGUAUACGGUUCAGUUUAGAAAUUCUAUUAUGGAUAGUGGUGUGCUUCCGAAACUAGCACAAGUCUACCUUAGAUUCCUCCAACUGGGACAAUCAGAAGCGCUCAGCAUGCACGUCUUCUCAGCUCUCAGGGCAUUCAUUAACAAUUUCUCACCGGCUCUCUUCCGCGGUACAUCCGUCAUGUGUGGGCAGCUUGUUUACGAGCUCCUAAAGUGCUGCGAUAGUCGACUGGCAAAUGUCCGACAGGAAUCUUGUGCUGUUCUCUAUCUUCUCAUGCGGAGUAACUUUGAAUUUAGUGGUCGCAAAGCUCUCACGCGUGUUCAUCUGCAAGUCAUCAUAUCUGUGUCUCAGAUGAUUGGAAAUGUGAUUGGGCUCAAUAAUGCCCGCUUCCAGGAAUCCCUGUCGCUCAUCAAUAGCUACGCAUCGAGUGAUAAGGCAAUGAAGGGUACGGGAUUCCCGCUUGAAGUGAAGGAUCUCACAAAACGCGUUCGAACUGUUCUCAUGGCAACGGCACAAAUGCAGGCACAUCAAAUGGAUCCGGAACGUUUGCUAGAGCUACAGCUGUCUCUGGCUAAUUCGUAUGCAUCGACACCUGAACUGAGGCACACGUGGCUCGUGACAAUGGCGAGGAAUCACGAGCAACAUGGCAAUAUUUCCGAAGCUGCUUGCUGCAAUCUCCACAUUGCCGCACUUAUGGCUGAAUAUUUAAAGCUAAAAGGGAGUGGAUUCAUUUCGAAGGGAGCUGAAUCUUUUGCCAAGAUCUCACGGAAUAUUCCUCGGGAUGAGAGGGGAUUGAAGUUGGAUAGUGGCACGCAGGAUUCACAGUAUACGGAACAAAUGCUCCUCGAUCAGCUGAAAGAGUGCGCAGAUUAUCUCGAUCGAGCGGAGAGAUUUGAAUGUCUCGGAGAAUUGUAUCGACUCAUCAUUCCAAUUCAGGAGAAUCGAAGGAAUUACUACGAUCUAGCGCAUGGGUAUGAGCACCUUGCCAAUGUUUACAAUAAAAUAAUUGAAGUCAAUAAGUCCGGAAGGAGGCUCCUUGGCAGAUUCUAUCGUGUGGCUUUCUUUGGACAGUUGUACUUUGAAGAUGACAAUGGGAUUGAGUAUGUCUACAAGGAGCCUAAAUUGACGUCCCUAAGUGAGAUUUCUGAGAGAUUGCACAAGCAAUAUAAAGAUAAAUUCGGUUCAGACGUGGUUAAGAUGAUCAUGGAUUCAUGUCCGGUUGAUGCCAAUGAGUUAGAUCCGAAGAUGGCGUACAUUCAGGUCACGCACGUCAUUCCAUAUUUCUGCAAAGACGAAUUGGAUGAUCGACAGAAUGAAUUUGAGCAAAAUCAUGACGUUGAUAGUUUUAUGUAUGAAACACCAUUUACGAAAAAUGGUUCAGCACGCGGGAAUGUCGAGGAUCAGUGGAAGAGGAGGACGGUUCUAACAACGCAAUAUUCCUUCCCGUAUGUUUUAACGAGGAUCCCAGUGAAGAGUCGUCAGGUGACUGAACUCACCCCAAUUGAGGUGGCUGUAGAUGAGAUGCAGAACCGCGUGGCAGAACUCGAAGAGGUUGUACUACCUCCGAUUGAUCUCAAGAAACUCCAACUUCGUCUUCAAGGAAGUGUUGCUGUGACCGUAAAUGCUGGGCCACUGGCCUAUGCGUCUGCUUUUCUAGACCCAAAAACCAACGAAAAGUAUCCCUAUGAGCGUGUUGAGGACCUUCGAGAAGUCUACAGGGACUUUAUGAGGGUGUGCUACACAGCUCUACAAAUAAAUGGGCGACUCAUCAUGUCAGAUCAGAAGGAUUAUCACAAAGAACUUGAGCGUAACUACCAGAAUCUCUGUUCAGCUCUAACAGAUCUUCUCGAUGAAUCCUUCUUUCCUUCCGAUGAGACCAAUUCGGCCCAUCGCACAAGUCUUGCGCUCUUUUCUGCCAUAAGUGGAGCUCCGAAUAAUUCGAGCUCAGCAUAAAUUUUUCAUUUUAUUACAAAAACAAAAACAACUAAAAAAAAUUCUUUGUGAAUUUUUCCAUCAUAAAACGCACAUUUUUUAAAAGAAAGAAAAAAUCGAAUAGAAUAUUCUGCCAUUUAGUGUCUAUGCUAAAGUAAAAAAAAAAUAGAAAAGAAAUAAGAUAAAGUUGAUAAAGAAAAAUAAUCAAUGAAAAUUAAAUUAGUCAUGCAAGCAAAAAUAUUACAAACAUAAUGACGAAUAGAUAAUUUGUGGAAUAGAGCUCAUUCAUGAAAAAAUUGCUCUAAAUGGUUUCUUUUCUUGUGGUUUAGGAAAAAGAAUUUUUGUGUCUUUUUUACGGUGAAAAAUAAUCAACUUUUUAUACACAAUUUCUUACGAAAAUUUUUUUAGACACAAUACCAAAAGUAAGAAAAUUUUAUACAAUCGGCAUUUUCUAGGGGAAAAUUAAACGUAAAAAAUAGAUAAAAUUCUCAUCUAUUGGAGAGAAAGAGAGAAACAAGAUAAUAGUGGAAAAUUACUCGAAUAUGCAAAAAAAAAAAACAUUUCUUUAACACAUCCAGGACGGAUUGACGCACAUCGGCGUCCACUGACAGUUCUCAAUUCUGUACGCUGUAACAAUUUGCCACUCUUUUUGCGUUUGACAUUUACCCGGUAGGAAAACUUCUCCAACAUUUUUUCAGCCAAUUUUGAUUGCUGACUCGUGAGGUGUUCAUAUAUGAUUAAUAACAAGACAAGAAAAUGGAAUAUCUAGAAUAUUCUAUUCUAUUAAUCUUGAUAUUGACAAUAGAACGAAUAGAACAUUCUUUGAUAUUAUUAUCCUAUAAAGAUUAUGAAAAAUAUCAUGUCAGGAGAAAUAAAAUUUUCAAAACUUAAAAAAAAAACAAGAAAUAAGUAGAAGAAUAUUUAGAAUAUUCUAGUUUUUUUAAUUGCUCUGUCACAGAAAAGAAUUUAGCUAAAUACAUGUACAUAUUAUGAAGUUUUCAGAAUUUUUAGAACAAAAAAAUCAACCUGCUCGUUCACGUUAUCAUUACCAUUUGGUUCAGAACGGAUGGCGAAGCAUUUUUUUGACAUAUCUGGUAUAUUUUCUCGUUUCAACAUAACCUAAUUUUUAUUCUGGUGUCCGAAAAACGUGAGAAUUAUGGAAUAAAUUAGCAAAGAAAAGCUUCCAGAAUUUUCCCUUUAGGCUAUAAAAUAAUGUUCUAGCUGAAAAUUCACAUGGAAAUUUAAUUUUAAGUGUUUUAUAGCGGAAAAUUUCAUCGUGUAAAACUUCAGGUGAGUUAGGUUAUAUAUUUUGCGAAAAGAAAAUUUUCCUCUUAUAUAACCUUAAUUUAAUUUUUGUGGUAAAAAAAAUGCUACAUAAUGUUUAAUAGAAUAAAGGAAACUCGUCUGAGAGAUUUUCACUGAAAUUAUCCCAUAAAUCUGACUUUUUCCCACGUAAAUAUAAAAGUGCGGUUAUGUUGGAAUGAGAAAAAAAUGCCAAAUAUGUCCAAAAAAUUCUCUUCACCAAUAUCAUACCAUUUAACCCUUGGAAUGCGGAGCGGGGUCGUUGAACGACCCCAGCGCUAUAUUUCGUGUUAUAUCUCCAUAAAUAUAAAAGAUACCAUUCCCAUCUUUUGGAAAUAAGUUCUUUGGUUAUCUGAGGAGGUUGUGUAAAAAUUUCAGCUCAAUCCGACUACCACAAGAAAAGUUAUUAAGGAAAAUGUAGAAGAAGGGAAUUCAAAAAUUGGUGUAACGGCCAUGCUGCGGAAAAUUUUUUAGAAUGAAGUUAGUCACUUCAUAAAUCAUAUGGUUGAAGGGGGUUGAAGGGUUGUGUUUACUUUUUCACUUUACCUUCUCAGUGUCAGAAUUAUCGCGAAUAAGUGACAUAAACAACAUAAAACAUAAUUAAAAGCAUAUAAAUGUGCAAAACAAUAAAGAAUAUUCGAGAAAUAUUGCCAUUUAUCAUGGUGCGGGAAGUGAGGGGAAUGCGGGGAAGUAGUGGAAAAAAUAGUGGUUGCGGUAAACUUCGUGGCAAAUUUCUCACGAAGAAAGUGUGAAAAAUUAGUGAAAAAUGUUUUUCCCUAAUAUCUUCUUCUGCGUGUUUCCGGGUGGCGAAUUUGUGAUGCAAGGGGCAAGAGGACUAUAUAAGGAAUCUAUAGGCACUAACCCGACAACUCCAGGUUCUAUAGUUUUGGAGAAAAUUGGCCUUCUUUUUGGGGUCGUUCAACGACCCCACCUUCGCAUUCUACGUAACUACCAAGGCCUCCGCAUUCCAAAGGUUAAACUAUUCCUCUGACUGUUCGGUGAGCUUGAAUUUGAUGUUCAACAUACAACAGUUAGUGAAAUCUUAAAGAAAGGUUUUUGAAAUUUAAAUUGUAUUUUAAUUUGAAUAUUAUUCUUUUUUUUUAUUGUUUUGUUUUUGAUUAUUUUAUAUUAAAAAAAUAUUUGUGUUUCACUUAAGUGAGUAUUCUCUCAAAUAUAAAUAUUUUCUGAUAACGCGUGCGAAGAACAUAAGAACACCAUGGUCCCACCGGGUAACAUUUCUGGACGCCAGUGACUAAUUGUUACAUGUCGCGUAAAAAACCUUUGGGAAGUAUUUUACCCGUCGUCAGUGUGUUAAAAGACUAGUCAAAGUUUUUUUUUAUUAACACAAUCAAUCUCCAGUCUUUUUGUGUAUCGAAUCUAAAAAAAAAAAUGAAUAAUGUUACGGGGAGAAUAUAUCUUCCAGAAUUAAAUUCGUUGAUAGUGUAAUAUUGAAUUCUAUUGAAAAUAUUCUAAUUGCCAAUUUAUUUGUGAAAUCAACUCACUGGGAAGAUCAUCCAGUGAUGACUUUAUUCAGUUGCAAGUCACUGUUAAUCUCCAUGGAAUAUUAAAGUGAAAUACAUGAAUGUUCAGGAAAAA